AUGUCGGAAGUUCAAUCGAGGCCCGCUGCCUCUCGUGGCAGGGCAUCUGGUCGCGGUGGUCGCGGCGGCUAUAGCUCCAGAGGUGGCCGAGGUGGCAGCAACAGAUCUGCAAAGGCAGACAACUCAGAGGAUGCGUCGUCUACGUUCGAUGAUGAAGGCGAAAUCGGUCAGAUGAAGAAGAAGUAUGCUGGCACUUUGCCCAUGUUGAAUGAGCUAUUCCCCGACUGGACGGAUGAAGAUCUUGUGUUCGCUUUAGAGGAUGCAGAUGGCGACCUUGAGGCUGCAAUUGAUCGCAUAACUGAAGGCAACGUCUCUCAGUGGGGUGAGGUAAAGAAGAAGACCACAGAUCGGAGCCGCCCCAAACCCAAGGAGGUACAGAGCACCCCGACCGAGACAACCCCCGUCUCUGUUCGAGGAGGUCGUGGCCGUGGCGGAUUCGAAGGCCGUGGCCGCGCCCGUGGAGAUCGUGGCCGUGGCGGUCGCGGUGGUCGUGCAGGUGCUCAUACCAAUGGAAGCCGGUCAGAGAAGCCAGCUGUUACUACCUUUUCUACCACGGAGAUGACCUCCACAGCCGUUACCGAGAGCCUAAAGAUUGAGAAGACAGCCGAUUCUGAACUCACAGCAGUGGAAUCAAUUGAUGCUUCAAAGGAGGACACUGCAAAGACCAGUGUGAUCCCCGAAGGCACCAAGAAAGGCUGGGCUAGUUUAUUCGCCAAACCCACUCCUCCUCCUACCGCUACGACCGCUGCUACUCCUCAGAAGAAACCUGCUGCAUCAGCCCCUGCUCCCGCUCCCGCUCCUAUCGCUGCCCCCGAAAAGCCUGCUGCUGCUGAGCCAGCCGCGGAGCAAAAAGCACCCGAACCCGCUCCCAUUCCUGCUCCCGUCUCUGCACCGGUCCCUGUGCCCGUCGAAAAGGCGCCCGAGCCGGUUAUCCCCAAGCAACCUGAACUACCGGUCGCAGCCCCUCGUGUUCCCGAAAUUACACCCGCCAAGGAUGAUUUGACCAGGACGAACCUCGCGCAGAUCCCAGACGUCUCUCCUCCGGCCCCCACGGCGACUGCAGCUAGCACCGUUGGCAGUACCCUUCAUGCGAACAGCAUUGCGGUGACGGGAACUCCCGUUCGUGCCGCACCCGGCACCUACCCAGCAAGCGCGUUGAGACAGAGCGUUCGCGGCCCAGGUGCCCAACGUCGCGUGAUGGAACAGCAAGAAGCAGUGGUUAUGCCUGGAAACCAUGCCGUGGACCGGGCAGCAGUCCAGUUUGGUAGCAUGGGAUUGAACGGUGAUUCUGCCGACGUCGACAUUGACGAGAACCGCGAAGACGCUGAAACUCGUGCUCAACCCCCUCAACACUCCCCCGUGGCCCCUCGUGCCUCCUUGCCUCCUUCUACCCAGCCCCAGGGAUCGACCGGCAGCCCAGCUGUCUCUCGUCCCGCCCCUGGUCUUCCCCCCGUUCCUCAGGUCUCCGCGGCCGAAUCCUCUUUCACCGAUUUCUCCCGCUACACCGACGCCCACAAGCCCUACGAUCCCUUCAGCCAGCAGGUCUCGCAGCCUCAGCCUCAAGUCCAGGAACCAUUCGCCAACCAGGCUCCUGUGCAGCCCACCGCCACGACGAGCAGCGAGUAUUCACCUUUCUACGCCGUCGACCAUCGCCUUCCCUACAACUACUACGGCUCCUACGGCCAGUCCCAGGAUGCCACCGUUGCCCAGAGAGCGGCUGCUGGCUUUGGUGUCUCGGGCGCCGAGGUGCAGCAACCGCACAUCCCCACCACUCAGCCACCCAGCCGGUAUGGCCACGUGGAUGCUCCCAACAGCGGACAUACUACGCCUAAUCCUACUCUUCCUGGCGCUACUCAGACCCCGACUGCAGCUCACAUGCCAGGCCACGCGGCUUAUGGAUAUGGGUAUCCGUACUUCUCCAAUCCCCACUAUGCAACGUACGUGAGCCAGAUGAACCAGUAUGGCAGGAACCGUCCGAUGUAUGACGAUGCUCGCCGCUAUGACGAUCAUUACAUGCCUCACAAUGCCCAGUAUGGAUAUGGCAGCCAGUAUGGUCCGUAUGGCAAGACUGGCAUGUACGGACAGCCCCACGGCUUCUCCUAUGACCACUCCUCGUCGCCUGCCGCUGCUGCUGGCACCUUCAACCAAGCCGUGCCAGGCCGCGACUCGGUUUACGGCCGUACGGGAUCUGCCCAGCCAUCGGAGACCCAGCAGACUGCGGCCGCUGGUGCGAAUGCAUUCGGCUCGGGGAUGCCGGACGUUUUUGGACGAUCCCAGGCGGGGUUUGGCCAGAGCCAGCCCAUCUCCCAGCAACCUCCAGUGACGACGGAAGAACCGAAGAGUUUCGACACUCCCAAGGCGGGCGGCCCCAGCCCUUCAUUGGCUCAGGCUAACCGCCCUGGCUCGGCAACCAGCAACGUUCCCGGCCAAUCCCAAGCUCAGACCGGCCUUCCUCCCCUGCAGGGCCAGCAGGGCCAGCAGGGCUUCGGCGGAUACCCUCACCUGAACCCUCAGUAUGGGGGUGGCUUGGGUGGACUGAGCGGCCAUCAAGCCGCCGCUUCCCAAAGCCACCAGCAGGCGACCGGGUACGGUAACUAUGGAGGCGCUGGCUUCGCGAACUACUACGGCAACAGCGGACGGGGUGGCUGGGGGGGCAAUUACGGCCACUAA